UACUGUUUAGAUGACGGGGUUUUAGGUCAAUUUGGCCGGGAUGGGCGAGCGCAAGAGGAAGCGCGCGAAGGAUCCGAUCGAGGAGAAGGGCGAUGGAACUGUGGAGGAUUGCGAUCGCACAGGUGAGCUGACGGGGAAGAAUGCUGGUGUGAAUCGCAAGAGUGACGAGGACGCAGGGGUAGAGAUCGCAGAGGGUAAAGAGAAGAAGAGCAGGAGAAAAUCCAAGCAUCCAGCUCCAGAAGAAUCCAAAAACGAGGAUUUUGAGGGUGAAAAGGAACGGGAGGAAGUGGAAGAGGAAGCCGGCCACGAGAAAAAGAAGCGAAAGCGAAAGCACGAAGACAAGGAUUUAGUGGAAGAGAAGAUUUCGGACGGGAAAAAGAAGCUAGAUGGUCACGAGAAGACGCGAAAGAAGAAUGCCGGAGAUGGUGAUCGAGAAGGUGGCAGCAGUGGAGCCGAUCAAAUUUCUUCCAAGAGCACAAAGCACAAGGAAGAUGCUGGAGUUGACGUUGAAAGGAUUGCAAAGGAGGAUAAGAAGAAGAAGAAAAAAAAGAAGAACGUGCAAGGAAUAAAUGUGGAGGAACAAGAGAAUCAGCCCACUGUUUGUGACCAGAGCGAGAUCCGAGAGGACAGUACUAAAGUUCCUCUCCAAUCGGAGAAGAAUAAGAAGUUAGAGAAGAAGAAGCGAGGGAAGAGGAUAGCAAGUGAUGAUACGGCCGAUCGGAAAGUAAGCAGUGACGAUCAACAGAGGAGGAAAGAAUCUAGGCAGGAGAAUGCUACUGCCAACGUUGAUCCAGUUCCUUCCAAGAGGAAGAGGAAGAAAGACAAACACGCAGCCGCGCUUGACGAUGCCGAGAGUCCUGAAGCUGACGAUGAUCAAGAACACCAAGAACCGGAGAGGAAGAAGAAGAAAAAGAAAGUUGAUGCAGUGGACGUGGCUGAGGAGCAAGAGAAUAACUCCGCUGCUUGUGACGAGAAAAAGAAGCGGAAGAAGAAACUAGAGGUGGCAGAAAGUCAGGAUGAUAACAAGCUCAAGCAGCGUGAAGACGAGCGUGGCAGUAGUGACAAACAGCGUAAAGAGAAAACUAAGAAGGCUGAGAGACCAGUUUCCGUCGAGACAGGCGGCGAUCUCCAUACUUGUACGAAGAACUUGGGAAACCAUGCUGAGUCUACGAUUCGAAACGAGAAGAUAAAGAAGAAGGUCUCUUUCGGUGCUGCGGUGGUUUUAAACGAGGCCGCUACAGAGAAGAAAGUCCAUUUCGGUGGAGUGGAGUUACAACCGACAGUCCCGAACGAGAGGCCUCUGUGCGAGCGGAGAUUGAAAGAUCCCCUAUACAAUAAGAAGUUUACCGAGGAAGAGGACGAGGCGAUAAGACAAGCAGUUCGUCAGUUUGCAGAGACCAAGGGGUUGGACCUGCAUGAAACAUACAAACUUUAUCUGGACCGAGAAACUCCAGAGCAGCGUCGACUUGGGCGAGAGCUUUCGAAAGCGCUUGUGGCUUGCCUUCCGGAGAGAAACCCAAUCUCUGUAAAAUAUCGAGCAGAAUCUGUCUUGGACAUUUUCGGCCAGAAAGGGAUAUGGCCACCAGAGGAAGUGGAACGGCUCCAAAGCCUUGUUCUGACGCAUGGCAAAAGGUGGACGCUGAUAUCGAAGCUUCUUGGGAGGAAUAAGCGCGCUGUUGCAACAAAGUAUUACUAUGUCAAUGCUUUGCAGAAGAGAGGCAAGUAUUCAAGCGAGGAAAUCGCCAAGGUGACUUCGACAGUCCACAACGUUUUGGCCGAGUAUGCGCGGCUAAAUGUUCCAAGGCAUAGAGAGGAAGACAUCCCUUGGCGUUCGAUUGCCGCAAAGCUACCCGGUCGUCCAGAGAGUCACUACCGAGUUCUCUGGUACCGGGAUUUGUGUUCUCCUAUGGUUAAAACCAAGGAGUGGGGAACUGGCGACGACCAUCUUCUUCUACGGAGAAUGCUCGAGUCCGGUGCGCCAGAUGAAGAGUCCAUCGACUGGGAUAAUCUAUUGUCCGGAAGGUCAGGAGAGAUAUGUCUCAAGCGAUGGCACGAAAUGCGUGUACACUUGGGACAUAAGUGGCACUGGCCUUUCGAGAAGAAGCUGGAACUUUUGAUUGAGCGAUUUGCUCCAUGCUUUCUGGAAGAACCAGCCGCUGCUUGCCCAAUUGUGUCAGGCCCGGAAGAACAAUCUCUACAAGAAGAACAUUGACACUCUGAAAAUUCUAUACAAAAUCGUCGUGAUAUCGAGGAGUAUGGUGUUACAGAAGGAAGGACUCAAUCGAUUGAUUAUAUCAUAUUGGUAUCGUC